AAAAUCAUGGAGAACUCAUCAUAGGUUGUCGUUGCUUAAAUAAAAAAUAUAGUUUCCAUUUAAAUAGAAUCAUUAUUUUAAAGACAACUAUUUUUUAUUUAAAAAAAAAUCUUAAUUUUCUUUCAAACCACCGACCAAAUAGUAAUUCCGCCGGGUCUCUGUGGCCGUCAUUUAUUUGGGAAUGAAUUUCACAGUUCUUCGCCAUUUUGGUCAGUUUGUUUGUGUCAGACUCAGUUCACCGUCCAUACGAACCUAUCUACUCUAGGACUCUGUCGUUGCGUGUGGUCCUUUUUCUUCUGGUUGGUUAUAAAUUAUAAGCUAAACGUCAACAAUUGACGGCUCUCUUGAGUUGUGUGCUACUUCUAUUUGUUCCUGGUUCUUGGGUUUUUGCCAAUUCUUCAUCUUUUUUCUCAAUCUUCAUUUCUCAUUAACUGGGUCUUCAAUUACUUAGAUUUGUCUACGCAAUUGAUCGGUUUGGCGAUUGUACUUUAUUGGGUCCCAAACACAAAUAUUGGCGGACUUGGGUUUGAUUUUUCUUCGCUUUAGCCUUAAAUCUCUCUUUCUCUUUCUCUCUCUCUCUGUUUUCUGUUUGGUUGUAAAUUAUUUGUGAUCAAUUGUCUCUGUUGAAGAUUUAGUUGAUUUAUAUGCUUAUUGUUUAGGCUUCUUAUCUGGAUUGUAUAUCAACUCAUUUCUCAGAAUUUGAUAAGAUUCCCAUUUAAUAGUUUAAAAAAAAAAGGGUAAGGAAAAGGUUCCUCUUUGCUGCUAAGAAGCUCAUUACAGGGGGAAAAAAACAAAGUUAAAGAGCUCGAGUUUGGAUUCUAUCCGACUUUCCAGAAAAGGAAGUUAGUUGCUUUGUAGAUUUUGUAUAAACUUUCAAAUCGGUAUUUGGAUUUUGGAGAAGUUUUCAGGACAUUAAAAGGAUGACAAUUGGAAAUCAAGUUCCAAAGGAGGAUAGGAAGUCGAGGAAGAGCAAACCAGUUAAUGAGAAUGAUCCCUUAUUGCCCAAAAGGCAAGAGGAGGAUGCUGGUUUUGAUGAGUUUGAUGGAGCUUCCUUUACUGGAGCAGUGUUCAAUUUAUCAACAACCAUAGUUGGUGCUGGAAUCAUGGCACUGCCUGCUACCAUGAAAGUCUUGGGCCUUGGCCUUGGGGUUGCUAUGAUCAUCUUUAUGGCUUUCUUAACAGAGGCUUCAAUUGAUCUGUUGCUUAGGUUUAGUAGGGCAGGGAAGAAUUCUUCAUAUGGAGGACUUAUGGGUGAUGCCUUUGGGAAGUAUGGGAGAAUAUUGUUGCAAGUUGCUGUUUUAAUCAACAAUAUUGGAGUACUCAUUGUGUACAUGAUUAUCAUAGGUGAUGUGCUGUCUGGAACAUCUUCAAGUGGAGUUCACCAUGCUGGUGUGCUUGAAGGAUGGUUUGGAGAACACUGGUGGACUGGACGAUUCCUUAUACUUCUCAUCACAACACUUGCUAUAUUUUCUCCGCUUGCUUGCUUUAAGCGAAUUGAUUCUUUAAGCUUUACAUCUGCCUUAUCAGUUGCUCUAGCAGUAGUAUUUCUUGUCAUUACUGUGGGAAUCACUACUGUCAAGUUGAUCAAUGGAAGCAUAAUGAUGCCCAGAUUGCUACCUGAUAUUACAGAUUUGACAUCAUUCUGGAAGCUCUUCACCGUAGUGCCUGUUCUUGUCACUGCAUAUAUCUGCCACUACAAUGUUCACAGCAUAGACAAUGAACUUGAGGACUCCACACAGAUAAAGGCAGUUGUGCGAUCUUCACUUGCUCUAUGCUCAACUGUGUACAUAAUGACGAGCAUUUUUGGAUUCCUUCUAUUUGGUGAUGGAACUCUUGAUGAUGUCCUUGCAAACUUUGAUACUGACCUUGGCAUUCCUUACAGUUCCCUGCUUAACGAUGCUGUUCGCAUUAGUUAUGCUGCUCAUCUCAUGCUUGUGUUCCCAAUUGUCUUCUAUCCCUUGCGCCUUAACUUGGAUGGCCUCCUAUUUCCCUCAGCACGGCCUCUUUAUCAGGAAAAUGGGAGAUUUGCAUCAAUUACCAUUGGACUAAUUGCUCUAAUCUUCUUGGGUGCUAAUUUCAUUCCAAGCAUCUGGGAUGCUUUCCAAUUCACUGGAGCAACUGCUGCAGUUUGUCUUGGGUUCAUUUUUCCCGCUUCCAUCACUCUUAGGGAUCGCCACAAUAUAGCAACAAAGAAGGACAAGAUCUUAUGUGUUUUCAUGAUUGGGCUUGCUGUGUUCUCAAAUUUGGUGGCCAUAUACAGUGAUGCCUAUGCCUUGAUUAAAAAGAAUUCUUCACCUCGUGCAUGAUCUCUCAAGUGUUAUUCCAUACUGAAUGAAGCAAGAGUUGGUCAUCUUUUAGCUAAGAGACCUCGAUUGGCAGACUAUUUUUUUUAGUGACAUCAAAUUUCGAGUCCUCUAGGUGUUUAGAAGUUGAAUAAGAUGAGCACUCGGAUAAAUGUGAAAACUCGCUUUGCUAGAGACAGAAAUGUAUAAACUCUUCUGGACCUCCUACCGUUUGCAUCCUUGUACUGGUUUGUGCUUGCUUUGUUUUGGGUUUUUUCUGUCUGGAUCAGAAUGACACUAUAGAAGUGAAAUAUAUUUAUAUGUAAAUAUUUUUGCAUUGCAUCUUUCA